AUGAGUAACAACACCAAUAUCAACAGCUGUAUUGACAGCAGUAAUUCUGUUUACAAUGAUAGUGAUGAUGAAAAUGAGACAAGUGCUGAGCAUGAGUUGGCAACUAUGCAGAAAAUAUUUUAUGUCACUUUUCAACGUAACUCUAAUUUUGAUCUUGAUAAAUACAAUUGUUUAGAGCUUGAAUUGGGUUCCCCUGUCCAUCUUGUGGAACAAAGUGGAAUUCGAAACAACCUGAAUGGAGGCACAAACCAUUGGUGGACAUAUUGCCACCCCUACUUGCACGAUGGAACUGGUCCCAAUAGCUUUUGGGCACAUUAUCGAGUAAAUAGAGAGACAUUUAAUGUGAUUGUAAAUGUUCUCAGACGAGACCCUGAGUACCAAGCCUCUGAGGAAAGGAGCGAGGUCAGCCACCCUGUGUGGAAGCAGAUUGCUGUUGCUCUUUGGUAUCUGAGCAAUACGCACUUUGGGUACAGAAUAGCACUAGAGCUGUUAACGCCAGCAACACUUGAGGAAAGUCAAAAAAUCAUGGAUGGAUUUGCUGUUUUUUCAGUCCGAUCGGAACACCAGCACCUUAAUGAAUGCAUCGGCGCUGUGGAUAAGAAGCUAAUUGUAAUUCAAAAGCCAUCCUUAUUUGGUAACAGCUGGUUGGAUCGUCACAGCAACGCCUCCAUGGCUCUUAUGGCUGUAUGUGAUCACAAAAAAAGAUUUAUAGAUAUAAGAGUUGGAUUGGCCAGAAGCCAAAACAAUACAUUUAUCUUCAAGACUAGUAAUUUAUAUCAAAAUAUAAUUCACAGUCCUAGAGAGCUGUUUUGUGAUCCAAGAUCAUACAUUGUUGGAGACUCUGCUUUUCCUAUCUUAAAGCAUUGUCUUAUUCCUUAUUAUAGAGUCAAUGACAUGACACCAGAAUCAAUGGCAAAAGUUAUAACUACAUGUUGUAUUUUGCACAACAUGUGUAUCACCUUUGGCGACAGCAAAGAAUAUCUCAAAGAGCUAUUAAGAGCAGGUGAGGCCAAUCUGCAGAGAAACAUGACUAUCAUGGAUUGGUUUGUUCGAGCUGACAAUACAGAUGGUGCCAGCUUUGAGGCACAUGAUGCUGACAAUGAUGAUGAGGAUUUUGAGGAUCUAUAUGCUGAAAUAGAUAAUUCUCAUACAGAGACUGAAACUGCUUCUGAGGGAAGAGCUAGACGUGAUCAAGUAAAAGAUACUCUUUAA